CCUUUUGUAAGGUUCUCUUCUCUUAGCAACAAAACAACUUGCAGUUUACAGCAAUGGCAGGUAAUCCGGCUUACAAUGUAGUCCCUGGUGAUAUAGUGGGAGAAUGGAAGAUACACUUGCCUGAUGGGAUACAUUCGGUGGAAUUUGAGCACGGGACAACCUCUGGCAAACGAGUUAUACGCGUAGAUGGGAAAGAAGUUAUACGCAAGGGCUGGAUGUUUAAUCUAGUGGGCAAGGAGACUUUCAAGAUUGGAGGAAAAUCUGCAUCAAUUUUGAUACAGAGCGAGGGGCUCUCCUUCACGUACAGCAUCACCGUCAACGGUCAGACACUCAAGAAGUUCAUAGAGACACAGAACAAGCACACAAGAACAUGGCUACCAAUUGUUAAAGGAGAGCCGCACAGGAUAGUGCUGGACACAAAGACAAUGGAUAUUUAUGUUGAUGGUUCACUGACUGAGACAGUGGGUGAAUUUAUUGAUGGAGGAGCUGAAAAUCAUUUUGAGCUGACUGGGGCUGAGUCAGCUUUCAUUAGAACGCUACAGAGCACUGGGACAAGGAAGAAAGGACUACUAUACAAAUUGAUAUUAAACGGAGAAGAACACGAUCCAGUUGUUGAAGUUACUGGAUAAAUCGGAUAAUGCUCAUGAGUUGAAAAACACUGUACAUAAACUAUAGACUAAAUCAAUAACUUUUUUGUGCAUGUCAGUAAUAUCAGGUUAUGUGUGCAUGAUGUUACAUCCACAUAACUGUAAUCUUUAUCUUCAUCAUGUUUGUUUGUAUGUG